CGGAGCGUCUUCAAGGCCUCUGCUGCUGAAGCCACAGGCCCGCGUCGGGGCCCCGAACUUUAGGAGCCACUGCUGCCCUCGAGAUCGUCUGAAGCGCUCCCCUCCUCCUGCCCCCCGGCUCCUGCCUUGCCCGGCCCCGCCUUCGCCGGACCCUGGCAUGUCAAGGCCUGGCCCGCGCCUGCCUGCCCAGCCCGCGGAACCCCGGCGGCCCCGCGAGCUAGGAUGAGGGGCCAGGCGGCCGCCCCGGGCCCCCUCCGGAUCCUGUGCCCCCCACUGCUGCUGCUGCUGCUGCUGCUGCUGGGGCGCCGGGCGCGGGCGGCCGCAGGGGCGGACACGGGGCCCGGGGCCGAGCCUUGCGCCACGCUGGUGCAGGGCAAGUUCUUCGGCUACUUCUCGGCGGCCGCCGUGUUCCCCGCCAACGCCUCGCGCUGCUCCUGGACCCUGCGCAACCCCGACCCUCGGCGCUACACGCUCUACAUGAAGGUGGCCAAGGCACCCACGCCCUGUGGCGGCCCUGGCCGCGUCCGCACCUACCAGUUCGACUCCUUCCUGGAGUCCACGCGCACCUACCUGGGCGUGGAGAGCUUCGAUGAGGUGCUGCAGCUCUGUGACCCCUCGGCGCCCCUGGCCUUCCUGCAGGCCAGCAAGCAGUUCCUGCAGAUGCUGCGCCAGCAGCCGCCCCUGGACCGAGGCCCCCGGCUGCGGGGGGGGCCCCCGGGCCCCAGCGACGACUUCUCCGUGGAGUACCUGGUCGUGGGCAACCGCAACCCCAGCCGGGCUGCCUGCCAGAUGCUGUGCCGCUGGCUGGACGCCUGUCUGGCGGGCAGCCGGAGCUCCCACCCCUGCGGCAUCAUGCAGACCCCCUGUGCCUGCGUGGGCGGGGACACCGGCGACCCUGCCCCCGGCUCCCUGGCCCCCCGCGGGGACGUCUGCCUGAGGGACGGCGUGGCUGGCGGCCCUGAGAACUGCCUCACCAGCCUGACCCAGGAUCGGGGCGGGGAUGGCGCAGCAGGUGGCUGGAAGCUGUGGUCCCUGUGGGGCGAGUGCACUCGGGACUGCGGGGGAGGCCUACAGACGCGGACGCGCACCUGCCUGCCGGCUCCCGGCACCGAGGGCCGCGGCUGCGAGGGGGUGCUGGAGGAGGGCCGCCUGUGCAACCGCAAGGCCUGCGGCCCGGCCAGUCGCACCAGCUCCCGAAGCCAGUCCUUGCGAUCCACAGAUGCCCGGCGGCGCGAGGAGCCGGGGGAUGAGCUGCAGCAGUUUGGGUUCCCGUCCCCACAGACAGGUGACCCCGCAGCCGAGGAGUGGUCCCCGUGGAGCGUGUGCUCCAGCACCUGCGGCGAGGGCUGGCAGACCCGCACGCGCUUCUGCGUGUCCUCUUCCUACAGCACGCAGUGCAGCGGGCCUCUGCGCGAGCAGCGACUGUGCAACAACUCGGCCGUGUGUCCAGUGCACGGCGCCUGGGACGAGUGGUCGCCUUGGAGCCUCUGCUCCAGCACCUGCGGCCGUGGCUUCCGAGACCGCACGCGCACCUGCAGGCCCCCCCAGUUUGGCGGCAACCCCUGUGAGGGCCCCGAGAAGCAAACUAAGUUUUGCAACAUCGCCCUGUGUCCUGGCCGGGCAGUGGAUGGAAACUGGAACGAGUGGUCAAGCUGGAGCGCGUGCUCCAGCAGCUGCUCCCAGGGCCGGCAGCAGCGCACACGGGAGUGCAACGGGCCUUCCUACGGGGGCGCCGAAUGCCAGGGCCACUGGGUGGAGACUCGAGACUGCUUCCUCCAGCAGUGCCCAGUGGAUGGCAAGUGGCAGGCCUGGGCAUCAUGGGGCGGCUGCAGUGUCACGUGCGGGGGCGGCACACAGCGACGGGCACGCGCCUGCUCCGGCCCGUUCUUCGGGGGGGCAGCCUGCCGGGGCCCGCAGGAUGAGUUUCGGCAGUGUGGCGCCCAGCGGUGUCCUGAGCCCCACGAGAUCUGUGACGAGGACAACUUUGGCACGGUGGUCUGGAAAGAGACUCCAGCAGGAGAGGUGGCUGCCGUCCGGUGUCCCCGCAAUGCCACAGGCCUCAUCCUGCGACGCUGUGAGCUGGACGAGGAGGGCAUCGCCUACUGGGAGCCCCCCACCUACAUCCGUUGUGUCUCCAUCGACUACCGGAACAUCCAGAUGAUGACCCGGGAGCACCUGGCAAAGGCUCAGCGUGGGCUGCCUGGGGAGGGAGUCUCCGAGGUGAUCCAGACGCUGGUGGAGAUCUCCCAGGACGGGACCAGCUACAGUGGGGACCUUCUUUCCACCAUCGAUGUCUUGAGGAAUAUGACGGAGAUCUUCCGGAGGGCGUACUACAGCCCCACCCCUGGGGAUGCGCAGAACUUUGUGCAGAUCAUCAGCAACCUGCUGGCAGAAGAGAACCGGGACAAGUGGGAGGAGGCUCAGCUGAUGGGCCCCAACGCCAAGGAGCUCUUCCGGCUGGUGGAGGACUUUGUAGGCGUCAUCGGCUUCCGCAUGAAGGACCUUCGGGACGCAUACCAGGUCACAGACAACCUGGUCCUUAGCAUCCAUAAGCUCCCGGCCAGUGGAGCCACGGAUAUCAGCUUCCCCAUGAAGGGCUGGCGGGCCACGGGCGACUGGGCCAAGGUGCCAGAGGACAGGGUCACGGUGUCCAAGAGCGUCUUCUCCACGGGGCUGGCAGAGGCUGAUGACUCGUCUGUGUUCGUGGUGGGCACCGUGCUCUACAGAAACCUGGGCAGCUUCCUGGCCCUGCAGAGGAACACGACUGUGCUGAACUCCAAGGUCAUCUCCGUGACUGUGAAGCCCCCGCCCCGCUCCCUGCUCACGCCCUUGGAGAUUGAGUUUGCCCACGUGUACAACGGCACCACCAACCAGACCUGUAUCCUGUGGGACGAGUCAGAUGUGUCAGGGGCUGCCUGAGAGGCCAACGAGGGU